AUCAGGCCCAGUUCCUCUCGGAGAAGAAAAAUGAUGAUGCGCCACGUUGGUUCGCUACGUCGGUAAGUCCAAAACAAAUCCGAUGGGUGCACCAACACGACUACGUCGGCAUAUCUUCCAACCUCUCGUCGUCUCUUCUCUCCGACCAAACCCUAUGGAGCCGCCGCGCCGCACCAAGCGCCCCGCCGGAGACGGCGAGGACGACGACGCCAAGGCCGCCUCCAAAGCACCACGCUACGACGGCGCCGCGGCCUACGACUUCCUCGACGAUGACGAUCUUGAUGGCGUGUCCUCGCACGGCACCCGCGGCGACACCGGGUUCCUGGACGAGAGCGACAGCUUCGUGGAGCGCGCGGCGCGGGGCGGCACCAAGAACAAAGAGGAGCCCUGGCUGGGCGCCACCGACGUCGACGGCGAGUCCCCCGGCCCCGCCGCCACGAAGCGCGCCAGGAAGGCCAUGCAGAGGCAGGAGGAGGACGAGAGGAUCCUGGAGGGCGUCGUCGGCUCCCGCGCCGUCUUCGACAUCAAGAAGCGGAUCGCCGGCCUCCUCCAGCCCGGCGAGACGGUCCCGCGUGCGCUGCGGAGGCUCAAGGGAGACAAACGUGGCAGAGGGAAGGGGAUGGACGAGCCGGCGCGGCGCGCGUUCGACGAGCUGAUGGAGGCAUCCGCGGAGCUCGUGCGGCGCGGCGACCUCGACGCGUACACGGACGACCGCGAGGCCUUCGAGCGCGGCGCCUGGGACUACGAGCACGCGCGUCGCCGUCGCCGCCUGGCGCGUGAGGCUCCAGAAGACGACGAAGCUGACCAACAGACCGCCGCCGCGACCCGUGACUACUACGUGGACAUGUUCGGAGACGACGCAGUCGGCGCCGGCUCGAAGACCGCAGCGGAAUCGUCCAGUGGACACGCAGCUAAUCCUGAACCGCCUGCAGCGCAGCCUGAUGCUUCGGGUGCGACGACGGAGGAGGAAGCCGGCGGCGUCGUCGCGGGCUGUGAUUACGUGUACGAUCCGUCGUCGGGCUACUACUACAGCGGCAGCACGGGGCACUACUACGACGCCGCGUCCGGGUGCUACUGCUCCGCGUCCACGGGCACAUGGUUCUCCUACCAUGUCGACGGCGAGGCGAGCAGUACUCCGGCCGGCACGCACGUCGGAAUGUAGGGGCGCACUGCUGCAAAUGUUUGGCUGAUCGUGUAGUCAUUUUGACGUCUACUGAGUUGAUGUGAUUGUGUAUCAAGAGGACUUUAGCUGCCGAUUAAAUCGUCGCUUAUUUUGUUU